AUGUUUGUUCCCGUCUCUAAAAUCAAGUUUCUAACAAUCCUAUCCAUUCUCUUCGUCAUUGUUUCCGGAAACCCCAUCAAGCGCAGCGAAGAUGACGCUACAGGAGUGCGAAUUUCAGGUAUUUUCGGUCUCUUUACUACAAUUGCGACUUCUGCUUUGACGACGGGUCAACACGUCGGGAUCGUCAUCAUCUCAAGCCAAACCGUCUACAUCCAAGAACCCAACUAUUUUCCCGCUACAGAAUGGGGCGUGCCGGAACCCACACGCUCCAGCUCCAGCUCCAGCUCCAGCACUUUCGCAGCGGGAGCUAUUGCUGUGACUAGCACGUUUGGUAAUACACCAUAUAGUUUUGCUACUUCUGGGUUUCCUGCUGCAAGCACGCAGAUUGAUGCUUCUGCAUCUGGAGAUUCUCCCACUGAUGCUCCGGCGUCGGCGUCGGCUUCUGCUUCUGCUUCUGCUUCUGCUUCUGCUUCUGCUUCUGCUUCUGCUUCUGCUUCUGCUUCUGCUUCUGCUUCUGCUUCUGCUUCUGCUUCUGCUUCUGCUUCUGCUUCUGCUUCUGCUUCUGCUUCUGCUUCUGAGGAUCCUUCCACCGAGACUCAGGCAUCUGCAUCAGCAUCAGCAUCAGCAGAUUCAACACCAACACUGAUCCUAACACCCAUCAUCGAAGACAAACAACGAAUCACCGCCACAACAUCAUCAUGCGACCCCGCUAUCGCAGGUGUAACCAUCCCCGCUAGCGCCCUCACAACCGGCGAAUAUGUUGCUGUCGAAGUUCUCUGCGAGGAAACAGUCUACAUCCAAGAGCCCAAUUUCUAUCCCACAAAGACCUGGUACGGUAUGCCCACCUCUUGGACACUUGAUACCACGGAAAAAAUGUCCACAUCCACAUCUACAUCUUCGAUAUGCAAUACCACAAUUGCAGGUACUACGAUCCCCGCUAGCGCUCUCACGACUGGCGAAUUCGUCUCUGUGAAAACUCUUUGUGGCGAGACGAUUUAUAUUCAAGAACCUAAUUUUUACCCUACCAAGACAUAUUGCGGUAUUUCCGAUGCUGCUUUGGGGAGUAUGCCUACAACUUCUGCAAUGAGUGCAUCUUCAUCAAGCACAACUAUGGAUGUUGGAUGGCAGAUACUGAAUGCCCGUGCCGAAGAUGGUGUACUUAUUUUUCGGGAAUAA